GAAGAGGAGGAGACUGGAGGAGGGUGAAGGACAGCCUCUGGUCCAGGGCAGGCGUGUGUCUGUGAGAUCAUUGCCACUGUCAAAAAUAGGCUGGAAGACAGAGAGGGGUCUGGGGCUUACAACGGCGAAGAAAACCGUGGAUCUAUCCAGGAACCAGACAUGGAUGAAAUGGAUGCGAAGGGCGAGAUGGAAAUGCUGUCCACAGCCAAACAAGGAAAAAAUGGAGAAUUAGGCAAGAAAUAUGACCGCAAGGAUGGAAAGAAGAAGGGAGAAAAAGGAACCAAAUUGCCCAUGGUUGGCCCCAUUGCUGUGUUCAGGUUUGCAGACAGGUGGGACAUUGUGCUGAUCACGUUUGGGACAGUGAUGGCCAUGAUCAAUGGAGUAAUUCUUCCUGUCAUGUGUAUAGUAUUUGGGGACAUGACAGACAGCUUUAUACAUGCCUCUGUGACGUCCAACAUCAGCACGCCUAAUUUCACCUAUGUACCUGUUAACGACACCUUACAGGAGGACAUGACAACGUAUGCCAUCUACUAUUCCAUCAUGGGGUUUGGGGUGCUGUUUGCAGCCUACAUACAGGUCUCCUUCUGGACCCUGGCAGCAGGGCGGCAGAUCAGACACAUCCGGAGGUUGUUUUUUCAUAGCAUCAUGAGGCAGGAAAUCAGCUGGUACGAUGUCAACGAGACCGGAGAGCUCAACACUCGUCUCACAGAUGAUGUGUAUAAGAUCCAGGAGGGUAUUGGCGACAAGGCGGGAAUGCUGAUCCAGGCCUACAGCACCUUCAUCACAUCCUUCGUCAUCGGCUUCAUCAAAGGUUGGAAACUGACUCUCGUCAUCCUGGCUGUGAGCCCCGCGCUGGGCAUUUCAGCUGCUCUUUUCAGUAAGGUGCUGGCAUCUUUCACUAGCAAAGAGCAGUCUGCGUAUGCUAAAGCCGGAGCUGUGGCAGAAGAAGUGCUCUCUGCUAUCAGGACAGUGUUCGCCUUUAGCGGUCAGAGCAGAGAGAUCGAGAGAUAUAACAAGUACUUAGUGGACGCUAAAGACAUGGGAAUAAAGAAAGCGCUCUCCUCCAACAUCUCCAUGGGCUUCAGCUUUCUGAUGAUCUACCUGACCUACGCGCUGGCCUUCUGGUACGGCAGCAGGCUCGUGCUAGAAAAGGAGUACACCAUCGGAACUGUACUUACUGUGUUCUUUGUCGUGCUCAUUGGAGCGUUUACCAUUGGGCAGACUUCUCCCAAUAUCCAGACCUUUGCUAGCGCCCGAGGAGCUGCACAUAAAGUCUACAGCAUUAUUGAUCAACAACCGAACAUCGACAGCUAUUCAGAGGAGGGAUUUAAGCCCGACUUCAUCAAGGGAGACAUAGAGUUCAAGAACAUAAACUUCAAUUACCCCUCGAGGCCGGAUACCAAAGUGUUAAAUAACUUGUCUCUGAGUGUGAAAAGUGGACAGACCAUUGCCUUGGUGGGGAGCAGUGGCUGUGGUAAAAGCACCACGAUACAGUUGCUGCAGAGGUUCUACGAUCCUCAGGAAGGAUCUGUGUUCAUUGACGGUCACGACAUCCGUACUCUUAACAUCCGCUACCUGAGAGAGAUGAUCGGUGUGGUGAGCCAGGAGCCCGUCCUCUUUGCCACUACCAUCGCUGAGAACAUCAGAUAUGGACGACUUGACGUGACCCAAGAGGAGAUUGAACAAGCUACCAAGGAGGCUAAUGCCUAUGACUUUAUUAUGUCCCUCCCUGAUAAGUUUGAGACGCUGGUUGGAGACAGAGGGACUCAGAUGAGUGGAGGACAGAAGCAGAGGAUUGCGAUCGCUCGAGCUUUAGUCCGCAACCCCAAAAUCCUUCUUUUGGAUGAAGCCACAUCUGCUCUUGAUGCUGAGAGUGAGAAAAUUGUGCAAUCUGCUCUUGACAAGGUCCGACUGGGUCGUACCACCUUAGUUGUAGCCCACCGCCUUUCGACCAUUAGAAACGCAGACAUCAUUGCUGGCUUCCAGAAAGGUGUAAUUGUGGAGCUUGGGAGUCACAAUGAACUGAUGGAGAAACAGGGAGUCUACCAUACACUGGUAACCAUGCAGACUUUUCAGAAAGAAGAGGACGUUCAGGAGUCAGAGCUGUCUGCAGAUGAGAAGGGCACGCUAGUCAAAUCAGCGUCACAGACCUCUCUGUCCAGAAGGAAGUCAAGAGGCUCCUCCUUUGCCCUUUCAGAGGCAGACAAAGAAGAGAUGAAAAAGUUUGAGAUUGAGCAGGCAGAAGAGGAUACAAAUAUUCCUCCCGUGUCCUUCACUGAAAUAAUGCAAUACAACCUUCCUGAGUGGCCCUACAUUGUAGUAGGAGUCUUCUGUGCCAUGGCCAACGGAGCUCUGCAGCCAGCGUUUGCUAUCAUCUUCACAAAGAUCAUCACUACGUUUGCAGAGCCAGACCCGAGAGUCAUCAAGGAGAGAUCUGAGUUCUUUUCCUUGAUGUUUGUUGUAAUUGGAGCGAUAUCCUUUGUCACCAUGUUUCUACAGGGUUUCUGUUUUGGUAAAUCUGGAGAGAUUCUGACCCUUAAACUGAGACUCAAAGCCUUUACGGCCAUGAUGAGACAGGACCUUGGCUGGUAUGACGACCCAAAAAAUAGUGUUGGAGCGCUCACAACGAGAUUGGCGACAGACGCUGCACAAGUACAAGGGGCUACAGGAGCUCGCAUGGCCACCCUGACACAGAACUUCGCCAACCUGGGCACCGGUAUUAUCAUCUCCUUCGUGUAUGGCUGGGAACUGACCCUGCUCAUCCUGGCUGUGGUGCCAAUCUUAGCAACAGCUGGAGCUGUAGAGAUGCAGAUGCUCGCAGGACAUGCUUCAGGAGACAAGAAAGAGCUGGAGCAGGCAGGAAAGAUUGCUACAGAGGCCAUUGAAAAUAUCCGCACUGUUGCCUCUCUCAGCAGAGAACCCAAGUUUGAGGCUUUGUAUCAGGAAAAACUUUUAGUGCCAUACAAGAGUGCCAGGAAAAAGGCCCACGUGUAUGGUUUGACCUUCUCCUUCUCACAGGCUAUGGUCUACUUCACAUAUGCAGGCUGUUUCCGCUUUGGAGCCUGGCUCAUUAAAGAAGGAAGAAUGAAUGUUGAUGGGGUAUUCCUUGUGAUUUCCGCUCUUCUGUUUGGUGCCAUGGCUGUCGGAGAGGUCAACUCUUUUGCUCCAAACUACGCUAAGGCUAAAUUGUCAGCCGCCCACCUCAUGUUCCUGAUAAAGAGAGAGCCCGCCAUUGACAAUCUGUCAGAUGCGGGAGAGUCACCGGACAAAUUUGAAGGAAACGUGUACUUUGAUCAUGUCAAGUUCAACUACCCUUCACGCCCCGAUGUGCCCAUCCUGCAAGGGCUGAACCUGAGGGUGAAAAAGGGAGAGACUCUGGCUUUGGUGGGGAGCAGCGGCUGUGGAAAGAGCACCACCAUCCAGCUGCUGGAGCGAUUCUACGACCCCAGAGAGGGGAGAGUGGUGAUGGACAGUAUGAAUAUAAAACAUCUGAACAUCCACUGGCUGAGAUCGCAGAUAGGCAUCGUAUCCCAGGAGCCAGUGCUGUUCGACUGCACCUUGGCUGAAAACAUCGCCUACGGAGACAACAGCCGAGUUGCCUCCAUGGAGGAGAUAAUGGCAGCUGCUAAAGCGGCCAACAUUCACAGCUUCAUCGAAGAACUGCCACAGAAGUACAAAACUCAGGCAGGCGAUAAGGGGACGCAGCUCUCAGGCGGACAGAAGCAGCGUAUUGCCAUAGCCCGAGCCAUCCUCCGCAACCCCAGACUGCUGCUCCUGGACGAGGCUACCUCCGCCCUCGACACAGAGAGUGAGAAGGUGGUGCAGGACGCAUUGGACCAGGCCAGUAAGGGCAGGACGUGUAUCGUUGUGGCCCAUCGUCUGUCCACCAUCCAAAAUGCCGACCGCAUCGCUGUCUUCCAGGGAGGAGUGGUGGUCGAACAGGGGACGCAUCAACAGCUGCUGGCCAAGAAGGGAGUCUACCACAUGCUGGUCACCACACAGAUGGGCCACAGCAGAGAAUAAGGAGACGCAGGAAGAAUACCUCACCGGUUAAUUUUGAUCUUUAGAGGGCUGGAUUCAACACGCAUACCUUCUAAUCAUCAUCUGAACAGUAAAGAUGGGACCUGACAGUGGCCUUUAAAGCUGUAGUGGCCUUCUUGUGAUUUCUGUAUAUCUGGCUACAUAGUCUGGUAAAGAUCAGACAAAUGUCAAAGUAUAACUUCUGUACUACUGUUGUAAGACGUUGUGUUUGAGGGCAUUUUAUACAGAGGACAGUUUGACACACAGCAGCAAGGAAAAUAUAAAAGUUUAAUCAAUGACCUCAAUGACUAAAGUCCAUUUCUCUGCUUCAGUUUGCGGGGUCAAGUGUUGUGCAUGAUGGCUCACUGUCAGAGCUUACCACGUCACUCGAUUGUUAUCAGCCUUACAAAGCAAAUAGCCUCCUGUGUAAACAAUAAUCACUUUGUACACUCGU